AUGAUCCCCACUCCUGACAACGAAGAGGUAGAAGGGCAUUCUUAUAAAGACUAUAUCCAUAGUCUUAGGUUAGUGAGUUUGGUUUCGGUGAUGUGUGAUGCACCUUCGGCCAGGGUGAUAGAUUUAAAUAUACACGGCAAGACAUUAUUGCGCACCGUUGGUAAUUGUUACUUAAUAAACAUGACAAAAGCAGGUUCCAAGCACGUACAGUUUCUGGCCGCCGCGACAGCUGGUUUAUCUGCAUUCGCGGUUGGUUCCACGGGAGGAUGGACGAGUCCGGUCGUUGCUAACUUGGAGAAGGGUGAUGGUUAUGGACCUUUCGGGUCGCCGAUCACCAGCGAGCAGAGUUCUUGGAUAGGAUCUCUAUUGGCCAUCGGUGCUAUUCCUGGCAGUUUCAUAGCAGGAUAUCUCGGAGAAAAAUUUGGCCGUAAAAGAACCUUGCUAUUUUGUGCAGUGCCGUUUUUAAUUGGGUGGAUACUUGUCGGCACUGCAAGUAACAUUAUUCAGCUUUAUGUCGCACGAUUUAUAUUUGGAAUGGCUCAAAGUAUCUCAUUUACAAUACUUCCGAUGUAUUGUGGUGAAAUUGCUGAGACUUCUAUCAGAGGAAUGUUAGGUUCUUUUCUUCAGCUUUAUAUCACAAUUGGUAUGUUAUAUUCUUAUGCUAUUGGACCGUAUGUUAGCUACACGGUCUUUUGGAUUCUCUGCGGCAUUGUGCCGAUAGUUUUCUUCAUCUGCUUCAUGACAAUGCCAGAGUCUCCAUACUUUCUUCUCAGCAAGGGUCACAGAGACGAGGCGAUUGCAUCUCUAGUAAAGCUUCGAAGCAAAUCUGAAGCGGCUGUCCAGAAAGAACUCGACGAAAUACAAAUGACACUCGACGAGGCUUAUAAGAAUCAAGUUAGCAUCUCAAUUCUGUUCAAAGUAAAGGCGAACUUAAAGGCGCUGACCUACGCAUGUGCUUUAAUUUUCUUUCAGCAGUUGAGUGGUAUUGCCCUAGUACUAAUGUAUAUGCACAGUAUCUUUUUAGCUGCUGGAGGUAAUGUUCCUAGUGAACAAGCGUCGAUUAUCAUCGCAAUUGUGCAUGUAUUAGCAUCAGCGGUAACAUCUGUAAUUGUUGACUGGUCAGGUAGAAGAAUACUUCUCAUUUUCUCCGGCAUCGGCGAGACAAUCAGUUUAUGUGCUCUGGGUUUAUACUUCUACUUGAAAGACGCACAGCAUGCAGAUGACACAAUAGAGCAGAUAUCCUGGUUGCCGGUAGUCGCGCUCGUCAUCUUCAUCGCCACGUACUGUUUAGGCUGGGGCCCGGUUGUAUGGGCAAUGAUGGGCGAAUUGUUCGCUUCGAACGUCAAGACUAAGGCUUCUGCUAUAACAGUUUCCUUCUGUUGGUUCCUGGGCUUCCUUAUCACCAAGUUUUCUACCAACAUUGACGAAGCGUUCGGCAAAUACGUGAUGUUUUGGACGUGCGGAGUAUUUUGUUUUCUCAGUAUCUUUUUCACGAUAUUCAUCCUGCCCGAAACAAAAGGCAAGACUCUUCAGCAAAUUCAGGACGAACUUAGUGGAGUGACUUUGACUACAGAUGUCGAGAACAGGCCCUGUAUAAAACGUCAGAUUGAAAAGUAUUAAAAAAUUUGACAUUCUGUCAAAAAGCAGAAUUCAGAAGAAUUCAGAAGUUAUUCAAAAGAUAAUAUUCAAUUAAAUAUCUUCUGAAUAUCGUCUGAAUUCUUUGCAUUCAAUCGCAAUAAGAAACAUUCAAAUAAAUACAAACCUUCGCAUUAAAAAAGAUUCACUCUUUCUGCUAAUUGUUAUCGGAUUCAGAGGCAUACAAAAUUUCAUGGUUCUAUUUUCAAUAUCGUACUGAAAAGUAUUGGCCACGAUCCAAUCCGAGAUUUUUGCAAAGCAGAAUACACGAUAAAAUCUUGUGAAUGCGAAACACUAUUUUUGAAUAAGACAUUUUAUGCAGAGAAACGAAGAAGUGGAGGAGUACAUGAAAAAGAAGUGUUUACUUAGAAUUUUACUGCAUGCAGGAAUAACUUUUUCUACAUAAACUAUAAAUAUUUAAUUGUCUUUCAAAUAUUCUUACAUAAAACCUAACAUGGCAUAAUUGCAAUUGUUUGUUUAUAUAUAAUAAACGUCAUGCACAUUCAUAAAUUCGCUCGGAUUUAUAAUACUAUUUUGACACAAAAAAAUUAAUUUUGCAAUGUAUUCCUCGUUCACGGAUGAAAAACUAGUCAUUUUAUAUAUUUGCAUAAAAAAAUAAUUAAUGACGACGCUAAAGAUACCAAUGUCUAAAAAAAAUUUUAUAUUGACAAUUGAUGAAAUUGGAAAUUGUUAAUAUUAUUAAUAAAUGCGUUAAAGAUGUCAAAAAGGUGCAAAAAAGAAGUACAAGACAAUAUUAUUAUUUUUAAUAUUAGACAAUAUUGUUAAUUAAAUAUUGACAGUAAAGGCGUCGUUGGUAUAUUUAAUUAUUUAUAAAACAUAAUUAUUAUAUUAUUUUAUAUAAUUUUAUUUUUAUAUAACAUAAACCAUUAUAUGAUAAUUAAACAAAAGUGGUUUAGAAAUAAAAUUCGAACACUGUGCUAUUAGUUGUGAUUCAGGUUAAUUUUCUAAAUUAUAUUAUUUAUUAGUAAUAUUGUAUAUAUUAUUUUUUAAAUAUUAUUUGUGUUUCUUAUUUUUAUAUUAUUAUAUUUUAAUUAAGUAGUAAGUACUACAUUUAAAUGUGAUAUACAUUUUGUUUUAUUAAUACAAUAACUUAUAAAAAAAUAUAACAAAUAUUUUAAUUUAAUAUUACUUAAAUAUAUUAUUAAAAAUUGAAACAAAAUAUUUUAUAAAAAAUAAUUCCACAUCUAUUUUUGUAAUAUUGCUGCAAAAUUUAUUUUAGUAAACAAAAUUAUAAAAUUGUAAUUAUAUGAAAGUGAUUCUAUUGGUAAAUACACGUUGCAGAUUGCAUGUUAAUCAACAAAUAAGAUUUUAAUAAAUAAUUUAUAAUUUACAUAGUCAUAUUAGAAAAAUAGAAGGAAAGGAAAUUUAUCAUUGAUUGUUUGUCAUAAAAUUGCAACUUAUUAAUUAAUUUUCUUUCCUUCCAUUUUUCCAAAUCAAUUUCACUGACAAUUAUUUUUUAUGGGUGUUAAUAUACUCUGUAAAAUAUCAAUAAAGAAUAAAAAUUAA